UGGGGAUCACAGUUUACGGACAACAACGCUUCUAUCCAGAACACGACCGGAAAAAGUUGCUAAUUUGAGAGAAAAAUAUAAAAACCCAAGUACAUCCCCGUGAAAUUUCGCAAAUAAGGUCAACAAUGGCAAAGUUACUAUCCAUUCUUCUGUGUCUGGUUAUUAUUGGAUCUAUAACUGCAGGACCUAUUGAAAACAAAGAAGCUGUUGCAGAGGGUGAUCUUUCUACGUCUGAUACCAUUGGCUACGGAUACUAUGCAGCUCCAUCUCCGAUUUAUUACGGCGGAUAUGGGGGAGGCUAUAAAUACGGCGGAUAUGGAGGAGGCUAUAAGUACGGCGGAUAUUCUGGAUAUGGCGGUUAUGGAGGAUAUCGCAGUUAUGGUGGCGGCUUUUACCGUCCGCGAAUUUACCCCGUUUGGGGUUAAAUAUCAAACUCUAACUGUCCCAAACACCAGUUCCUAAGACCCAUAAAUCCUAUGUAACCAAAGAAAUUAUACAAGCCCCCUUAAAAUUUAACCCUUUCACUGUCUUGCAACCAUUACGAUGACGUCAUUUGGAGUUUUUGACCCCAGACCACAAUUAACACCGGCUUUAUUGCAAUAAAAACAAAACACUUUAUGUACACGA